CAUGAACAUAGACCCUUUUUUUUUUCUCUCUCUAGUCAUUUUUGUCUCCAAAUUAUUGAAUGGUCAUGGCUAUGAUCUCUUCAAUUCUACAGCAUGCCAAGUCUCAUUCUUCCUCUAAAAUAUCUACUUAUUUUCAAAAAAGAUUAUCUUUGAUCCCCGGAGUUGGAGGCUGCAGAUACAUAUCUAAUGAUAGUAGAAAAGAAAAUAUUGUAAUUGUUGGGGCAGGAAUUGCUGGCCUUGCUUCUGCUCUUUCACUUCAGAGGUUUGGUAUUAGAAGUUUGGUGCUUGAACAGGCUGAGUCAUUGAGAACUGAAGGAAGUUCAAUAACACUUUCUAAAAAUGGAUGGAAGGCACUUGAUGCUAUUGGUGUUGGUGAUGAACUUAGGAAACAAUUUCUUGAAAUUAAAGGGAUAGUAAUAAACUCAGAUGAUGGAAAGGAGUUAAACUCCUUUGGGUUCAAAGAAGAGGACAAAAGCCAAGAACUAAGGGUGGUGGAGAGGAGAGUCUUACUUGAAACACUAGCUAGUAAACUACCACCAGAUGCUAUUUCUUUUUCCUCAAAGUUGACAAACAUUGAAACAAGUGAUAAUGGUACUAAUACCUUAUUGCAACUUCAAGACGGAACUCGUUUAUCCGCUGAGGUGGUGAUUGCUUGUGAUGGCGUAUGGUCACCAACGGCUAAAUGGAUGGGAUUUCGACAGCCUAAGUAUGCAGGGCAUAUCACCUUUCGAGGCCUAGGAUAUUUCCCUGAAGGACAGCCAUAUGAACCAAAAGUAAACUAUACAUAUGGAAGAGGAUUGCGUGCUGGAUUUGUUCCUGCUUCUAAAACCAAGGUCUACUGGUUUGUCGUGUGCAAUAGCUCAUCUCCAGGUCUGAGGAUCACAGAUCCAUCAAUUUUGAGACAAGAAGCUAAAGAGCUCGUUAGAAAUUGGCCAGUCACGGACAUGUUAAACCUGAUUAAUCUUACAGCAGACGAUACAUUAACAAGAAAUCCCCUUUAUGACCGAUGGCUUUGGCCCUUAAUAAGCCCUUCGCCUUCUAGUGGAAGGACAGUGCUUCUUGGAGAUGCAUGGCAUCCAAUGACACCCAACAUAGGCCAGGGUGCUUGUUGUGCAUUGGAGGAUUCCAUAGUUUUGACAGAAAAGCUAGCAGAAGCAAUGAAGUCCAAGGAUAUUUCUGUGGAGGAUGCAUUCAAAGCAUAUGGAAGUGAAAGAUGGAGACGUGUGUUUCCAUUAACAGUAAUGGCAAAUCGCGUGGGAGCACUGCUGCAGUCUGAGAAUAGACUGAUAUGUUCUCUUAGAGAUAAUAUCCUUGUGCCUAAGCUGAAACCCAGAACAAUGACGAGACAUGCCGAUUAUGAAUUUGAGCAAACUAAAAGAAACAAACAUUAGUUUUUGAGGGAGAAAAACUUAGCAAUAGCAUGGCAAUAAGAUCUUCCCCGAAUUGCGAUAGACAGAAUGUAUUUUUUCUUAUCAGGAAACGAAAACAGCUAUAGACUUGAAUGUAUUUCAAAGUAAAGAUAUCCCCUUUUGUGAUUCAA